AUGUCAGUCGCUCAAACUUUUGGCGUUCUUGCUCUUCUGUCUAUUGUGGUGGCUUCACCUAUACAGAGUCGAAGCUCAAAAUCACAAUCUAUACAAUGGGUCGACUGCCUUGAUAACAUACCUGCACCGAUACAAGAAGCCAACGUCACCCUCCCUUCACCACUUCCUGAUACGUUGAAAUGUGGUUAUCUUACAGUGCCGUUAGAUUACUCCAAGCCAAUCUGCGAGAGUAACAGCCUUAACAUAUCCUUCGCUGCCAAUUUUGUAGACAGUAGCAAUGGCUUACUGUUCUAUAAUCCUGGUGGUCCAGGAGAAGAGGCUCGAUCUUAUGCAUGGGCAUUAGCUGGACUUUCGAUCGAACAAAUAAGCCAUGUCGAUGGAUUACAAGACUUUGAUUUUGUUGCUAUCGAUACCAGAGGUACAUGGAGCAGCAAUGCUUUCAACUGUAGUGCAGCGAAUUUCACCCUUCCCAUCAAUACUCCACUUAGCGAAUCCGAAUAUAGCCUUCUAGGAGAGAACAUUGAAAGUUACAUCAAGGAUUGCGCUAGUACCACUUCUCCCCAGGGUCUUUACGACCAUGUAGGCUCAGAUGCCGUUGCCCAAGAUUACGAGUCUGUCCGUGCCGCCUUAGGUUACGACAAGCUUAAUUACCUUGGGUACUCUUACGGAACUAUAUACGGCCAGGAGUAUCUCAAACGAUUCCCUAACAACGUUGGCAGAUUUAUUUUGGAUGGAGUCGCUUCCUUCUCCCAGUCAAACUUAGACUUCCUAACGGGACAAUCGAAUGACUUUAAUCGGUUGCUUGAAAGAGCCGAAGCUUAUUGUCAAUAUAACUCCACCGCAUGUCCUUUAGCUUCACUCGGAAACGGUUCAGUCACUGCUACAUGGGAGCAAGUUAUCAAGCAAUACUCUGACCCUGCCGCUUCCAAUGGUACUGUAUCCAGCGGAGAUAUUGCAGCUCUUACCAGUGUGGGACUUUUCAGCGGUACACCUAGAUUCUUGUCCUUCAUUGGUGCCAUUGCUCUUGCUGCUACCGGAAAUGUCACCGCUUUCCAAUACGAAGGGACCGAAUUCGCAGCAGCUUUCACCGAUAGCUCCCUUGCUGUCAGCUCACCGACCCUUUGUGCGGAUUUCCAGAUCGAUGAUGCAUCUUACGAAGGAUACAAGUCUCUCAUAGAGAAUGCGAAGUCUGGUGAUAAGUACGGAGCCAGCUACGGGAUAUUCGAUACGCUUGCUGCUGUCUGUGCUUUCUGGCCGUCUACUGCCGCAGCUGAUCUCAAAUCACGAUACAAUACGGUCACAGAUAAAGAAUAUCUCAUUGUCAGCUCCGAUUAUGACUUAAACACUCCUGCUGAAUUUUCAGAUAUCGUCAUGACUUAUUCUCCUCAUGCGACACACAUCGCAAGACACGGAGAUGAUCACGGUUCCUUUUACGUACCAGGUCCUGUUCGUGAUGCCAUGCUGGAUUAUCUUUAUAACGGAACCAUACCUAAACCGACACAACAAGAUAUAUACUCGGUUUACGGUCCUGGGCAAAACAAAUCUGUCAUCGCAAAUCCCUACAUUGCUCCCAUUGGUGCUGUAGCUGGAGAUAUCACCGAAUGA